AGAAAAUUAAUAAUGUUCUGUCUACAUAUAUUCUAAGUAAUUCACUAAUCCUAGACUGGACAUCCUGGUUUGACUUUUGAUCCUAUAAACAUGGGAUACGAUAUCCAGUUAAAUCAAGAAUAACGUACAAAAUUAUAGAUAAUUGAGACUGUGUUUCAGCUACAGUGAAAUAUAAUUUAAAAGAAACUUCUUUGGAUCCCAUAAGUGAUUCAACUCUUCCAGAAUGCAUUUCCUAAGAGUAAUAUCAUCUAAAAAGUUGAAAUUACAUCAAGGAACAUCUGAGAAAGUAUUUCUUCGUUCUAUUUCUGGAUUGAACUUAUGGAAUAAUGAAUUAACUAAUGAUGUUAAACACAAAAUAGAGACAUUCUGGAAAAAUAAAUUACCUCCUAGAAAAUUUGAAGAAAACAGUACUGAUGAAAAAUUUUAUGUAUUAUCCAUGUUUCCUUAUCCUUCAGGUAAUUUACAUAUGGGACAUGUUAGAGUAUAUACGAUAAGUGAUACGGUUGCACAGUUUCAGAGGAUGAACAAUAAAAAUGUUAUACAUCCUAUUGGUUGGGAUGCAUUUGGGCUGCCUGCUGAAAAUGCAGCUAUUAAAAAUCAAAUAAAUCCUCAAGAUUGGACAAAACAUAAUAUAUCACAAAUGAAAUCUCAGUUACAGCUAUUAGGAUGUUGUUUUGACUGGGAUAGAGAAAUAAAUACUUCAGAUCCUCAGUAUUACAGAUGGACACAGGAGCUAUUUUUGAAAUUAUUAGAAAAAGGACUAGUUUAUCAAAAAAAAGCUUUAGUCAAUUGGGAUCCUAUAGAUUGUACAGUCUUAGCAGAUGAGCAGGUUGAUGAAAAUGGAUGCUCCUGGCGGUCAGGUGCUAAAGUUGAAAAAAAAGUAUUCAAACAGUGGUUUGUUAAAACCACAAAGUAUGCAAAAGAUCUUUUGGAAGGACUGAAUGAUUCUUCACUUAGUGAUUGGAGGGAUAUAAUUAAAUUACAAAAACAUUGGAUUGGGGACUGUGAUGGUGUAGUUUUUGACUUUAAUGUUUCUAAUAGCGACGAGUGUAUUAGAUUGUGGACACCCAACCCUGAAUAUAUACAUCAUGUGAAAUUUAUAACAGUAAGACGUGAACAUUCUAUUUUGAGUCUAAAUGAUAAAUUAUCUGAUAUUGAUAAAACUUUUAAACUUGAUAUGACAUUGAUUAAUCCCUUCACUUCUGAAAAUAUUCCAAUCUAUGUUAGUGAUGAUAUAGAAUAUUUACAAGGCUCAGAUUCCUUUACAGGAAUUCCAGCUAUCUGUGAAAAAGCUAGGUUAUUUGCUCAAAAGAACAAUAUUCUUUAUGAUGAGAUUGAAAGAAUAAAUUAUAGUGAAAGUUUAGAUUUAAUAAGAAAAUCUGUUUGUGAUGAAGCAAAAGCAAAAAACAUUGGAGGUUAUUGGAGUAGUGCAAAGUUAAGGGAUUGGCUUAUUUCUCGUCAACGAUAUUGGGGGACCCCAAUUCCUAUUAUUCAUUGUGAUAAAUGUGGAGCACAGCCAGUUCCUAAAGAAGAAUUACCAGUUAAGUUGCCAUUACUAUCCUUCCAGGAGAAAAGGAGUGGCUUACAUUUGGCAGAAUGUAAGGAUUGGGUUAAUGCUCCAUGUCCAAAGUGUAAAGCUGAAGCUAAAAGGGAAACUGAUACCAUGGAUACUUUUGUUGACAGCUCUUGGUAUUAUUUACGUUAUAUAGAUCCCCAUAAUAUGAAAGAAAUAUUCAAUAAAGAAAAAGCAGAUAUGAUAAGUCCUGUUGAUUUAUAUAUUGGUGGAAAGGAGCAUGCAGUCCUUCAUUUAUAUUAUGCUAGAUUCAUGAGUUAUUUUUUACAUGAUAUUGGACUGAUUCCAGAAAAGGAACCAUUUAAAAGAUUGUUAGUGCAAGGGAUGGUUAUGGGUAGAAGUUUUAGGUUGAAGGGUACUGGUAAAUAUUUACCACCUGACGAAGUAGAGAUUUUAGAUAGUAAGAAAAAUAAAGCAAUAGAAAAAAAAACUAGAGCCCCAGUAGUAAUGACUUGGGAGAAAAUGAGUAAAUCAAAACUCAAUGGAGUAGAACCAUCUGCUAUGUUUGAAGAAUAUGGAGUGGAUACUACAAGGUUACUUAUUUUGGCAGACGUUGCCCCUACUUCUCAUAGAAAUUGGAAUAGCAACACAUUUCCAGGUAUAAUAAAUUGGCAGAAAAGACUGUGGCUAACUGUUCAAGCUUUUCUGAAAUAUAGAAACAAUCCACCAGAUGCAAUUGACAAAGAGAAAGAGAAGGAAUGUGAAGAAUAUAUGUUCGAUUCUAGAAAUUUUUACAUUAAGGGAACUACUUUCAAUUACUAUAUUUCCCAACAACUUAGUGUUGCUGUCUCCAAACAACAAGGUCUCACAAAUAGUAUCAGAAAAAUGCCACCAUAUGUUUUUGCCAAAAGUUUACAAUUUGAGAGAGCAUUGGCUGCACAAAUUAUUUUAUUAUCUCCAAUGGCACCACAUUUUGCAUCAGAAUUAUGGAGUGGAUUUUUGGAAGCACCUAAUCGAUUAAAUCAUUCAAAUGAGAUUUCUUGGGAGAAAUCAGUACUUGAUCAACAGUGGCCAGAAGUUGAUUAUGAUUAUAACUUAGAACUUUUAUGUCAGGUUAAUGGCGUUGACAAAUGUGAAAUUAAAUUAGAACGAUCAUUAUUGGAUCGAAUAACAUUAGAGGAUGCUUUAGAAUUAGCAAAAAAAGAAUUGUCCUUGGAAUUUGUAUUUUCAAAAAAGACUAUAUUAGAUACGUCAUUUAGACUUCAUAAAGGAAUUAAGGGAAUACUGAAUAUUACCAUUGAAAAACCAAUUGUACAAGAAACUACUGUAAAUAUAGAAAAUUAAUUAUUUUAUACUGUUGAAAAAGUUCUAAUUAAAAGUGGAAACUCCUUUA